AUGGGCAUACGAUUGGUCCAUUUAUAUAAUGAUAACCAACACUACGAUUUACAAUUAAAAGACGAGGAACAAGUUUGGGAGCGUCGCUGGUGUUGGAAGGCAAAUAUAAACCCAUUAUUAGCAGAACUAAAUGAAGAAGAAUGGAAGGAAUAUUCCGAUAUAGAAAAUGGAAUUCUUGAACACGCUUAUCAACAAAAUGCAAAACAAGCGGAAAUUGGCAAUUAUCGUAUCGACUUAGAAAAACAUUGUUAUCAAUGGUCAGUUUGGCAGUGUUGUGGUUCCAUCGAUCCCGACGUAUGUGUCAUGUUAGACGACUGUGAGCCAGUCGUCCAGUUUAUCAAAGCGUCAACAAAUAACAUCACAUUGGAAGAAAAAAGUUCAAUGCGUUUACAACUAAAAAUUGAAGUAAUGUUUAAACAUUCAUUAUCAUUAUCAAAAAAAGAUUUGAUGUUAUCAACAACCAUCAGAUGUUGCUCUAACGCAUUCUGUUCGUUGAUGUACAACAUUGAUGCUCCGUCUUUAUACUUAAGACAAAUUCAAGUGGUGACAUAA